AGGCAGCCGGUGCAAGGGGGGGGGAGUGCGUGAGGGAGCGAGGGGCUGACACCCCCACCACCCCCGGACUCCCUCGUUGCUGGUUCCCUCGCCGCCUGGCUGGCGAGCGGGCGGGCGGGCGGACGGACGCCCCCAGGAAAAGUGGUUGCCAACUCGGAGUCCUCAGAUGUUCCUGGACUAAAACUCCCAGAAGUCUUCACCAUUAGCUGUGCUGGUCGGGAGUUGUGGAGUUGCAGGACUGGCCACAUGGCAAUCACAUCUCUGCCCUCUAAGAGGGGGAAUGGCCAAGUGACUCAGGGUCAUCUGCUGCCUGAGACAAUGUGAGCUAAGCUGCUUCUUGCUGUCCUCCACCCAACAUCCAAGACAUGGGACUUCUUGGGUCUAAGAGCUCUUUUGUGGCUUUCCACCUGGGCCUGAUUGUCGGCUUCCUCAGCACCUUCUACCUCGUGGGCAACCUGUCGUGGGAAGGGUCUGCACGCCCUAGUACCCAGCUGCCACAAGGCUCCAAGGAUCCUGAAUGGAUUGUUGACAGAUCAGCUCUCAUCAGCGUGGCACAGCCACAUCUGGAAGGUGAGGAGAGCAGUGUGGCGCUUGAGCUGUAUGACAAGGUGCGGAUCCUGUGCUGGGUGAUGACAGGCCCCAAAAACUUGGAGACAAAGGCUCGCCACGUCAAGGCCACUUGGUCUCGUCACUGCAAUGUGGUCCUUUUCAUGAGCUCCGUGAAAGAUGAUGACUUCCCGACCGUAGGGUUGGAGACCAAGGAAGGCCGGGACCAGCUGUACUGGAAAACCAUUCGGGCUUUCCAUUAUGUACACAAGCACCACUUUGAACAGGCCGACUGGUUUCUCAAAGCUGACGACGACACCUUUGUAGUGGUCGACAACCUCCGGUGGCUGCUCUCCAACUACACCCCCGACCGCCCCAUCUAUUUUGGGAAGCGCUUCCGCCCCUUUGCCAAACAAGGCUACAUGAGCGGAGGCGCUGGCUACGUUCUCAGCAAAGAGGCCCUGCAGCGCUUCGUGGCUGGCUUUGAGACCAAAGUGUGCAGUCACACAACCUCCGUGGAGGACCUUGCUUUGGGCCAGUGCAUGGAGAAAAUGGGCGUAGAAGCUGGGGACUCCCGGGACACAGAGGGGAGGGAGACCUUCCACCCUUUUGUGCCCGAAUCACACCUAACAGAGAAGUUCUCGAAAAGCUUCUGGUACUGGAACUAUUGCUAUUACCCAAUUGUGGAGGGUCCUCAGUGCUGCUCUGACUUGGCGGUCUCCUUCCACUAUGUAAGCCCAGAGUUGAUGUACACCUUGGAAUACCUGACUUACCACGUCCGUGCCUACGGUUACCGCUACCGCUACCACCCACCUUUGCCGGAGAAUGCUGCCCGCCUCCAGCCCCACCCAAGGGAAGACCAGCUGGAGAGGACCAAUGACACCAUCUGGCAUAUGGAAAAGAAGUUACAGUCAUAGGCAUGUGGCUCGUGACUCAAGGGAAAGAAAAGAAAAACAAAACAGCCCAGCCACCACCACUUGGGAUGGCUUGUUAGCCACUCUCUCAGUGCUUCAGUAAGAUGGGGUCUGGUGACUCUCAGUCUGCAGCCAGCUCUACAGGAGCUGAAUAGGCCAGGUUAGGAGCCCAGCUUUCGCUCCCUCUACAACCUGUCCUUCAUGUGCCCAUUUGCCAAGUUGAGGGCAUUACAAUAUUUUAAGGAAGCCACGGGCGAUCAUGCCUGGCCUGGUGCUGCUUUUUCCCCUCCACCCUAAUUCUGUCUUUCACUUUUGGUCUUGCUGCCGACUGGAGAGUUACAAGCCUGGCACAUGAUGUGAGCUGUGAAAAAAACAAACACAAAAGCCAGCAAGAGUGGCUUUCUUACACGUGUGCUUUCCAUAUGGAGAGACAGUAGCCUCGAUCCAAGGGGGUGGGGAUUAAGUUGCCCAGGGCCUUUACUGGGGGAUGCUUCCAGGAAAGUAAACAUCAUGUGCCACAAACUGCACGACUGUAAAACAGGCAAUAUUUGAAACAAAAAUGGGAAGGCCCUGGUGGGAAUAGUGGGUGGUAUUGGUAAUGAGGGAAAGUCCAUUGAUCUACCACUGCAGGGAGGAAAAUGGGCACCCAGAUUAAUGGUACUCUUUCCUGUUGUGUUCGUUCCUCACAGCUGACUGUGGAUCAUAAUUAUAGGGCAAAGCAUUUGGUGACCUCUCUAUGGCAGGAGUUGCUGCUAUUAAUUAGAUGCUUCACGUUAGGCCAUCUUCCUUUCGCAUAGAGUUCACUUACUUCCACCUAGAGCAGAGUGGUUGGAGGCAAGUGAACCCAUGGGGAAAAAAGAAAUCUCCCAUUGUCUGUUCUACAAGAUACGAUGCCUAUCAGUCUACUGGCUGGAACGUCCACAGCAGGAAGGUAUGACUUGCCACUUUCCAGCUGUUAUUGGAACUGUAGCUCUGAUAAUCUUUUACUACUGGCUACGCGGAGUAGGGUGGAUGGAAGGCGAGGCUCAACAAAUCUGCAAGGCCAUGGAUCUUUGGUUACUUGGUUGGGAUUUGCCAGUGAUAGGUAAAUUGCCAUCAACAAAUCAUGCUGUAUGGUUGGUUUGACAUUCAGUCGCCAUUGCAUUCCCCAUAAUGUCACCUGGAAUGCCACAGGAUCUAAAUGCCUCCUUUUGACGAUUGUGGCAAGCUCUUCUUCACUCUGCGCCUCCCCUUUCCCAUCUCACAUGCUAAGUAGGGCAGAGGUCAAGGUAUUUCUUUCUGGAAGCCUUUCCCUCCCUUGUGUCCAGACCCUGGGACACCUAGUUUUGUCAGCACAAUUUGAGUCCAUAGUUUGGGUCUCGAGAGAGAGAGAGAGAGAGAAAGCUAGAAGGACGGACCGACAUCUUGCAGAAGGCUUCAGAUAGGAUCCUGAGGAGGUUGAAGAUUUGACCUGCUGCUUCAGACAAAGCCCAGUCUACCCAGGUCUCCAUCUAUAUAAAUGUUGAUGGGACUGCACAACAGUAGAAUAGCAGUUGGGAGGCGCCUGCUGUGCUAAGCUGUGCUUCACAGGCCUGGACCAGGAUGUUCCGGUCUUGUGCCCAUGAGAUGUAUUAGGAAUCAUAGGGCUGAAUGGGUUUAGACUUUAAAUUCAGGGACAACUGCAGUGUCUUUCUUUAUUGCAGGAGUGUAUUGGAAUGUCCUCCUGCACCACAGAACCCUGCAAGACUGCAGAGUAGAUGAUCCAUUUUCCCCCUGAAGAGACAAGAAGACAAAACGGGAGGGGGGGGAGCUGCCAUGAAUUCUGAGGAUACUGAUGCUAUCGUACCCUAAAGGUGGUCAUUAGGGGGCUGCAAAGAAGAGGGGUGGUUGAUGUGUCACUCAUUGCUGACUGAAGGAGAGAAGAACAAAGUUUAGACAUUUUAUGAGAGCAGGAAAUAUCACCCAUCCUUUCUAUCUUGCUGGGUAGGAUAAUGCUGGGUAAUUUGGCAAACACACCCCAGCUUCCUGGCUGAUGGGCAUUUGAUUCUCUUAUACGCUCCCUCUAGUGGCUAUGAUAGAUCCUUUAUUGCUAGUGAGACCCUUCUGAUCAAAGCUAUCUGUUUCAGUGAGGAAGACAUACAGCUUUAAGAAUUAUCCGCAACUCUCCUUUUUGGGAUAGAAUGGAAAAACAGCUGUAUUGCCCAACUAUUGACAGAACACAUUAGGCCCUGUCAAAUGGCCAAUAAUAUUGCCUUUGUUUUAGACCAGUCCAAAAUAUAUUGACAGAAAGUGCUGU